GCUUUGACAAAACAUUGGCCCAGUGCCCAACUAGACUCUCUGUGGAUCAGUCGAGCUGAAAUCUUUUAAGAAUGUCGGAAUCGAAUGAAAUUGUUAACCCAAAUGAACAUCUUGUCAUACCCGAUUGGAUCACUGCAAAGUAUUUCAAAACCGUGCUUGAUAAGGACGAACCGAACCAUGUCAAGGUGCUCAAAUUUACGCCUGUGGCGGCCAUACCGCCCGGCGAGAACUUUACCUCCAUAAUGCUGCGCAUUUACAUCGAUUUGGAAAUGAAAGAUGGCAGCACAAAAACAAAGACCUAUAUCUUUAAGACGAUGCUGCCUAGCGAAAGGGGUGGGGCUGAAGUAGAGAAUUUUGGUCUGUUCCCGAAGGAACUAAAGAUGUACGAAACAUAUCUGCACGCUUUCGAGACACUUUAUAAGGCAGCCGGUGAGGAUAUACAAAUUGCGCCCAAAUGUCUGCACACUGAGGAACGCGAGGGCUACAUUCACUUUAUUUUCGAGGAUCUGGGUGUUAAGAAAUUCCGAAAUGUGGACCGCAUCAACGGCCUGGACUUGGUGCACAUGACAUAUGCCUUACGCAAGCUGGCCGAAUUUCAUGCAGCCAGCUCAGUUUAUGAGGAGCAAAAUGGUCCCUUUCCAAGCGAAUUCAAUGAGGGAUUUAUUUCAGUCAAUAACGACAAGUUCAUUAAAGAAGGCUUUCAGAUGAAGGAGGUGUCCUUUAAAAAGGCAAUGGCCACAUGGGGCAUGAAGGAUGCCGAAAAGUAUAUAAAGAAUUUCCCCACUGCAGAACAGUAUUGGGCCAUGUGUAUGAGUACUCUGGAAACUGAUCCCCAGGAUUUCAAUACCUUAACCCAUGGAGAUUUCUGGUCUAGCAAUUUGAUGUGCAAUUAUUUGCCUGACGGGAAUAUAGAUCAACUGAUCCUGGUAGACUUUCAAAUCUGCAAAUGGGGGAGUCCAGCUCUGGAUCUGUUGUUUUUUAUUACGUUAUCCGCUGCCAACGACAUACGUCUUAAGGAAUUCGAUCACUUUAUCUGCAUUUAUUGGGAGCGUUUAAUAGAAUGUCUGAAAUUACUGAAAUAUAAGAAGCCUUUGCCUAAGUUGCGUGAUCUACAAGCCUCCCUGUACAAAAAGACCAACUCUUUUUAUGCCUUCUUUGCCCUCACAAAUCACCUGCCUCUGAUUGUGUUUCCUACCGAUAAGGAUAGCAAUAUACACUCUACGAUGGCCGAAACUGAAGAGGGAGAAAAUUUUCGACUGCGUCUGACGUCUAAUCCUAUUUAUGCCAAUAUUAUGAAGGAUUUGUAUCCAUUUUAUUACAAUCGUGGAUUGUUUAAUUUUGAUGACUAUAUUACGGAAUGAAUAAAACUGUAUGUCUCACACCUGCUUACAUAAAUAA